AUGGAUAAAGUCACGAUAACGGACUCUCUCGCGGUGGAUAAGGAUGGAAAUAUGGACUUAGAAGUUGUAUGUUUGAUGAGAGUUGGGAUGAAUUCAGACUGGCUUCGCUUGUUAGAAAACACAGAGGUUACGAUUGGCCGUGGUUUUGACGUGACAUAUCAGCUCUUGUCUGCAAGUUGCCCGUUAAUGAUUUCCAGGCUUCAUUGCACUUUUUCACAAAGAGAAGAUGGACAGUGGACAGUCACAGACAAGAAGAGUCUCAAUGGUGUUUGGGUAAAUGGAAUCCGCAUACCUGCUCACGAAGCCCACCUGCUUAAACUUGGUGACUCAAUACACCUCGGUGUUCCGGUCAUGGGAUCCAAAGUGGAGUAUGACUACAUGCUUGUGCAGCGACCACUCAGAGAAAUUAUACACAAACUGGCAAAAAGACAGGAGGGAGCCGCCAAUGUGGUGCCCGUAGCAAAUAAAACCAAGAGGAAGUUCACUGCUGAAGAAGUGAAGCCAUCCACCUCAGAGGCCAAAUUGUUCCGCUGCUCAAAUACGGACAAGUCAUUGGCACACCCAUGUCCUAUGCCUCCAGCCAAGCACCAAAGGCAUUCUCAGCUGCAGGAGACACCUCCCAAUCCACAUUUGGAAGGAACAAACCAGAGCUGUGGGGGCUUCGGGGACAUGGACAACUUGCAGAUGUACAGUCAGAACAUAUUGAUGCUCAGGGAGCAAGUGGACAACACAAGCAUGCAGGUCGCUUCGCUGGAGGGUAAAUCCCAGUCGGUCAACCCAUUCAGGGAAGAGCAGAUUAAGGUGCUAGAGAAGCAGCUGAAGACCCUUCGAGCCAAGAUGCAACAAAUGCAGACAUUUGAGAGAUCCUUUACUGAAACUAGGAUGCAACAAGAGGCUGAGAAAACACAGCAGCAAAAGGAGCUCAUGGAAAAACAGUUAGAGGAUGCCUUGAAGGAGCAGAAGAAAAUAAUUGAUGAGCUUUCGCUCUCCCGGCGGAAGUUCGAAGAGAUUCUCUUGGCCAAAAACAUAGAGCUUGAAGUGACUAAGGAGGAAAAAGAAAAAGCAAGGGCCCAGAAGGAGGAAGUUGUCACACAAGUAACCGAGGUCCUUGAAAAUGAACUUCAAUGUAUCAUCUGCUCUGAGCUGUUUAUUGAGGCUGUCAUCCUGAAUUGCGCUCACAGCUUCUGCUGCUAUUGCAUCAAUCAGUGGCGCAAAAAGAAAGAGGAGUGCCCCAUUUGCCGACAGGCCAUCAACUCCCAGACACGUUGUUUGGCACUGGACAAUUGUAUCGACAGCAUGGUGGAGAACCUCAGUUUGGAUAUGAAGGCCAGACGUCAGAAGCUUGUUUCAGACAGGAAAGGAGAGCAGUAG